UGUUGUGAAUGGCGGAGCGGGCCGCGGGAAGCUCGACGAAUGGCGACUUCCACAGAACUGAGCAGCUCGGUCGAGCGCUGGAGGAGACGCUAUCUGACUGGAGAGGAUUAUUCUUUGGAUGUAGUGCAAGCCAAAAGUAAAAGUCGAAAGACCCUGAUAUCUGCAGGUAAAAUGGACAGCUCACUUGAUGAUACUAUUGCAUCUUUACUCAAAACCUCCUCACAGUCGAAACAUACCUAUUGUGGAAGAAAGCACGAUAAAAAACGUCUUUUUGACUCCUCAAAGAGUUUUAAAAAGUUGAGUCAGCCAGAUGAUGAGUUGGAUUCUCUACAUGUUUCAAGGCAGCUUGACAUCCAGUCAGAGUUCACUGGAGAUUUUCUUGGACGUCACGAAAUAGAAAGUGGAGGCACAUACUCAGAAACAGAUAUUACUCUGCCAUCCAGUUUGACAGUGGCCACAUGUUGUGACUAUGGUAGUGGUGGUGAUGCCACAAGAGACAGUGUUCGCAUUCCUGAAGCCCAAGAGGUGAAUGGGGAAAACCUGCUACCAUCUCACUUCAGUCAAAUUUAUCAUGAACUAUCCAUCAUACAUCAAAAGCUGCAGCAAGAAAAGCUAACUCAGCAGGAAUUUGCUUUGAAACUUGAAAAACGAGAACACUUCUUAAGUGAACGAGAAGCCCUGCUUUGUCGACAUGAAGCUGCUUUGACCAAAAUAAGAGGUGUUGAGGCGGAAGUUCAUACAAAAUUUCAAAUUAUGAAGGAGCAACAUGAAGCUGAAAUUCAGCAGUUGGCUGAAGCCUUGAAAGAAAAAACAAAGGAAAACAAAAGACUUAAGACAUCAUUUGAAACUUUAAAGGAACUGAAUGACACCUUAAAAAAACAGUUAAGUGACGUAAGUGAGCAAAACAAGAAGUUAGAAGGCCAGUCUCGAAAAGUACAAGCCCGUUUAGAGAAUUUGCAGAGGAAGCAUGAAUUUUUAUCGAUACAGAAGUCUAAGGAAGCUUCCCACACAGCCCAGGAACGGAAACCUGUUAAGCCAGAAAAAGGGAUAGCGUCAUCAAAACCUCCAAAGAUACCUCUUAAUUCACACGUCUAUGACCUUUUAACGGUAUUAAUGGACUGGAUCUCAGAUCAUCACCUCAGCAAAUUGAUGCUAGAGGAAGAGAGAGAAGACAUUCACAAGCUAACAGGCACGCUUGCUUCCGAAAAAGACUACACACAGGAGAAGUGUAUCAGGUUUUUGCCUCUAGUUGCUGAACAACUUCAGUGGAUGCCCUUUGUGAAUCCGAACUUACACAUGCAUGUGGUUAAAUUCAUUUACUGGUCUUUAAGGCAGUUAGAUGGAGGGAUGCAGCAUGCAACGAUGACAUCAACGAUGAGGAGACUGGGUGAAGACCUAUUUAAAGGUGUUGCACCGAAGGGAAAUCAAUAUCUUUCUUCCGAACAUGCUACUGAUCCCAAACCAAAGUCAGCAGCUUUCUUUAAAAGCUGCAGUUUACCUUUAAGAGUCGUAUCAACUUUAAUUAUAAUCAAAACAGUGACACAAGCUGAUUACCUAGCACAAGCUUUUGAUUCACUUUGCAUUGAUCUGAAGACAGAUGAAGGAAAAGCCUUGUUUUUGGACUACCAAGCUGUGCCCAUUAUAUUGAGUCACAUUAGAAUAUCCAGCAAAGGCCUGCUUUCCAAUGCAAUUGACAGUUUACUUCAGAUGACAAUAGAAUCCAGGGUUUUGCAUCGGUUUCUGGAAGCUUGCAGUAAUGAAGCCUUUUUCCGUACAUGUUCAGUGCUACUUCGAAACCCUAAAUUAGAUAUUCAAAUACUGGAAAAACUCAGCAUUCUACUGCAAAAGCUCUCAAAAGUUAAGAGUAAUAAGAAGAUGUUUGAGCUGUUUACUAUUCACCUGAUGAUUCAAGAACUACAGAGGACAACACAUCCUCAUCAUGCGUUUUUAUGUAUUAACCUCAACUCAAUUCUGUUUAAUUUGGGUCUGACAAAAAGCAACCCACUAGCAAGUAGUCUAACUACAAGCCAGUAACCAGCUGCAUUUUAUUAAGGGUUGUUUCUUUGUAGUUUGUUCAUGUUAGACGAAUAAAUAAGAUGAGUGUGGAAGAGAAUUAUCACAGUGGAUGCCCUCUCUUAUACUGAUAGACUUUGCAAGAUAGGCCAAUAGAGUCUUUUCAAAGAGAGUUUGCCAUUUUAAAUAAUCCAAAAUACUGGAUUCCUAGCACCACCUUCUGUAAAUAUUUGAUAAAUUUUAAACCUGUCUUUUAAAUUGCAGCACCAUCCCCUAUCCCUUGCAAUAUGAUCAGAGCUGUCAAAGCUAAAUCCAGUAAUGUGCAGUGCUGUUUUUCAUAAGCCGUUCCUCAUCCAGUAGAAGAAGGAUGGCAAAAUCCUCUGGCCUAGGGAUGCUGG